CAUUAUCAUGGUGUACCUGGUGUUCAUACCCACAGUGCUCAUGCGUGAAAGCGACAUCAUAUCAAUACUACGUACCUCUUCUCUCAAGACUUCUUCAUAUCUACCACACUUUCCUCAAUACUGUUUGCCAUGCUGCAUCAUAUCACUAUCAGGAUGUGCAAACCCUCGUCCAUAUUCCUCAGCAUCCUCGCUAUCACCCUCACAGCAGCCCAAAUUCCCCCAGACUAUAACUUCUGCACGGGUGACAAAAGCACCUUGGGCCAUUGCGACACACUCACAUACGUAGACACUACUCUGGCCGCCAAAAAUCCACCCGACGCGACGGAAUGCCAGGAAGCUUGCAGUAGUAUUUUCCAAGAUGCUGGAGAGUGGGUCGUUCAUCUAGAAGGCAAACCAGAAGGUUACCAACAACACAUGCACAAUGCGCCCUGCGGUUUUAGCAUGGGUGCCAUUCCCAAUAGUUCACACGAGUUUUCGUUUGACAUGAAUAACCAGGAUAUGGUUGACAUCAUCGAUGAGGCGAUCAAAAGGUUCGCGGGGUUGCACGAUGGGAAAGUGGCGGCGCAAGGAACGGUGAGAUGUGAUGGCCAUGAGGCCAUGUGGUAUGUCAGCCGGGAUGCGCGGUAACAUUUUCACUUUGCAGUGAUGUAUUGAUGAGAUAUGUUAACCCUUGGGACGUACU